AUUUAAAUUUCGCAACCUAAAUGCCUAGAGAGAUUAUUACAUGCCAAGUUGGACAAUGUGGAAAUCAGAUCGGAAUGGAGUUCUGGAAACAACUCUGAAUGGAGCAUGGCAUCAGUCCAGAAGGGAUCCUUGAAGAAUAUGCCAUAGAUGGAGAGGACAGAAAAGAUGUCUUCUUCUACCAGGCUGAUGAUGAUCAUUAUGUACCCAGAGCUGUACUUAUAGAUCUAGAACCAGGAGUUAUUAAACAGAUACAAAACUCUCCUUACUCUAACCUCUAUAACCCAGAAAAUUUCUUCGUAUCCAAGACUAUGGAUGGAGCUGCCAAUAAUUGGGCAAAAGGAUAUUGUGAGGGAGCAAAAUAUGAAGAAGACAUUAUUGAAAUGAUUGAUAGAGAGGCAGACGGAUCUGAUAGUCUGGAAGGUUUUGUACUAACCCACUCAAUUGCUGGAGGAACAGGAUCGGGCUUUGGAUCUUAUCUAUUGGAAAAACUCAAUGACCACUAUCCUAAAAAGUUAGUUCAAACUUACUCUGUUUUUCCGAAUGACAAUGAUAUUGUAGUUCAGCCUUAUAAUUGAAUUCUCAGUAUGAAAAGAUUAGUACUCAAUGCCGAUUGUGUUGUUGUUCUUGAUAAUACGGCAAUAACUAGCAUUGCAGUUGAUAGAUUAAAACUUCUUCACCCAACAAUGUCCCAAAUAAAUUCUAUUGUUUCUACAGUUAUGGCAGCAUCUACAACAACUCUAAGAUAUCCUGGUUAUAUGAAUAAUGAUUUAGUUGGUCUAAUUGCUAGCUUGGUUCCCACUCCGAGAUGUCAUUUUCUAAUGACAGGAUACACUCCUCUAUCUUUGACUGACCAAAAAGUAAGCUCCAUACGAAAAACAACAGUGUUAGACGUGAUGCGCCGUUUACUUCAGACACGAAACAUUAUGACCUCUGGAGCUAUUAAGAAAGGAGCUUAUAUGUCUAUCCUCAACAUAAUUCAAGGAGAUGUUGAUCCAACCCAGGUUCACAAAUCCUUGCAAAGAAUUAGAGAGCGUAAGCUUGCUAAUUUUAUUCCAUGGGGUCCUGCCUCUAUUCAGGUUGCCUUAUCAAAGAAGUCCCCCUAUGUUGAGAGUGAUAAUAAAGUAUCUGGAUUGAUGCUUGCAAAUCACACUGGCAUCAGAUCAAUUUUCCAAGUACUCUAUGGACAAUACAGACAGUUUCGAAAAAGAGAUGCCUUCUUGGGAACUUACAGAGAGACGAAGGUCUUUCAAGACAAUCUUGAUGAGUUUGAUAGCUCAGAAGAAGUUGUCAAGAAUCUUAUCGACGAAUAUGCAGCUGCAGAAAAGAUGGAUUACAUUAACCGAGGAAAAGAUGAUGAAGAUAUGGAUUACGACCCAAGAGCUCCUCCACAUUUUAGACCCAUGUAA